GAGAAGUGAAAGUGGCCCAGAGGGAUCCAGUAAUUCCUGUUAUCAGCAGGCUUUAUAAGUCAGUGAGCCAGGAGCUGUGUCUUCAUUCAGACGGACGACGUCCCAGGAGAACAAAGAUGUCCCUGCACCGGGCUUCCUUGCGCCUGGCUUUCUUGCUGCUCUUCUCUCUUGCCCUCCAUAGUGCCCUGGCCCUGAAGCUCUGCUCCUUCAAUGUGAGAUCAUUUGGAGAGCGGAAGAAGGAAAACGACAAUGCCAUGGACGUCAUUGUGAAGAUCAUCAAACGCUGCGACCUCAUACUCCUGAUGGAAAUCAAGGACAGCAGCAACAACAUUUGCCCCAUGCUGAUGGAGAAGCUGAACGGAAAUUCACGGAGAAGCACAACCUACAACUAUGUGAUUAGUUCUCGACUUGGAAGAAACACAUACAAAGAACAGUAUGCCUUCCUCUAUAAGGAAAAGCUGGUAUCUGUGAAAGACAAAUACCUCUACCACGACUACCAGGAUGGAGACACCGACGUGUUUUCCAGGGAGCCCUUUGUGGUUUGGUUCCAGUCGCCCUUCACUGCUGUCAAGGACUUCGUGAUCGUCCCCUUGCACACUACGCCUGAGACUUCCGUGAAAGAGAUUGACGAGUUGGUUGACGUCUACACGGAUGUGAAACGGCGGUGGAAAGUGCAGAAUUUCAUCUUCAUGGGUGAUUUCAACGCUGGCUGCAGUUAUGUCCCCAAGAAGGCCUGGCAGAACAUCCGUCUGAGGACUGACCUCAACUUCGUUUGGCUGAUUGGGGACCAGGUGGACACCACAGUCAAGAAGAGCACCAACUGUGCCUAUGACAGGAUUGUGCUUCGAGGACAAGAGAUAGUCAACUCCGUGGUUCCCAAUUCAAAUGGUGUCUUUGACUUCCAGAAAACUUAUCAGUUGUCUGAAGAGGAGGCCCUGGAUGUCAGUGACCACUUUCCAGUUGAAUUUAAACUCCAGUCUUCAAGGGCCUUCACCAACAACAGAAAAUCUGUUGCUCUAAAAAAGAGAAAAAAAGGCAAUCGCUCCUAGGUACCAUGGUGCCAUUUUUUUUUUAAAGUCACUCCUUGCUUCUAAACAAAAUGGCUCUCAUAGGUCUAAACUA